AGGGGACGGGGUGGGCACCGGCCAUGUCGGAGGUGACCCGGAGUCUGCUGCAGCGCUGGGGCGCCAGUUUUAGGAGAGGCGCCGACUUCGACUCUUGGGGCCAGCUGGUGGAGGCGAUAGACGAGUAUCAGAUAUUAGCAAGACAUCUACAAAAAGAGGCCCAAGCUCAACACAAUAAUUCUGAAUUCACAGAAGAACAAAAGAAAACCAUAGGCAAAAUUGCAACAUGCUUGGAAUUACGAAGUGCAGCUUUACAGUCCACACAGUCUCAAGAAGAAUUUAAACUGGAGGACCUGAAGAAGCUAGAACCAAUCCUAAAGAAUAUUCUUACCUAUAAUAAAGAAUUUCCAUUUGACGUUCAGCCUGUCCCCUUAAGAAGAAUUUUAGCACCUGGUGAAGAAGAGAAUCUGGAAUUUGAAGAUGAAGAAGAAGAGGGCGGUGCUGGAGCAGGGUCCCCAGACUCCUUUCCUGCUCGAGUGCCCGGUACUUUAUUGCCAAGGCUGCCGUCAGAACCGGGAAUGACGUUACUCACUAUCAGAAUUGAGAAAAUCGGUCUGAAGGAUGCGGGGCAGUGCAUCGACCCCUAUAUUACAGUUAGUGUAAAGGAUCUGAAUGGCAUAGAUUUAACUCCUGUGCAAGAUACUCCUGUGGCUUCAAGAAAAGAAGAUACGUAUGUUCAUUUUAAUGUGGACAUUGAGCUCCAGAAGCAUGUUGAAAAAUUAACCAAAGGUUGGUUCGUGAUGGUAAAUCAUUGCAUUGGCUUCUCGUGGCCAGAGUUCUCCUCCCGUUGGUGUUUCUGUGCCCGGUGGCCUAGCGCGGUCGGCAGAAGUAAAUGUCAUACGGUGUUCAUUGACUUGAACGCAAUAUCGAUUUUUCAGAUGUGGGAAUUAGGCAUUGUAUUAGCUAGUUGUGUCAUAGAUAACCGUUAGAUAAUAAAAUGGUCUUGGGGGCGCCUGGGUGGCUUAGUCGGUUGAGCGACCGACUUCGGCUCAGGUCAUGAUCUUGCGGUCUGUGGGUUCGAGCCCCGCGUCGGGCUCUGUGCUGACAGCUUGGAACCUGGAGCCUCCUUUGGAUCUGUGUCUCCCUCUCUCUCUGCCCCUCCCCCGCUCAUGCUCUUUCUCUCUCUGUCUCUCAAAAAUAAAUAAAUGUUAAAAAAAAAAAAAAAAAAAACGGUCUUUGAUAAUAAACCUCAUCAUCGUGAACAAUGAACCAAAUGAAAUUUUCUGCAUCCUAAGGGGCAGAGGGGGCAGCGGCGGCUCCCUCAGGCUCCUCAGCAGUGGAGGCUGACAGUUGACAGAACAAGUUGUUUUUCCAGCUGCAGCUUUUGGGAAGGAGGACCCUGCACCUUGUGCUCGGUCAGGAGGAGGAUGGGAAGGAGCAAAAGCAAAGUUUGGAAAAGGUGAAGUUCCGCUUCCAAGUCAGAUGGCUCCUGGGACCGAAUGCUUCUCCAAGCGGCCUGCCCCGGGGGGGACCGUCGUGUUCUGUGAAAAGGCCUCAGUCCCUUUCUCACCCCAGAUUCCCUGGCGGUUGUUGACGUUUUCACGCUUUGCAAGAAGCUCGUACAAGAUACAGAAGAGCCUCUUGAACGAUCGCUCCAUCCUCUAAAAUAGUUGACAUUUUACUUCUCGGAUCCGCUGCUGCUGUGGCCUCUGCUCCACCCUGAACGACAGUCUUCCCCGGGGUCCGUCAGUGCAGUGGCUCCAGGUGUGAGUGGCAGGCCCUCCUGAGUCCCGGGCCCCCCCGGGCUGGGUCCCGCGCUCUGGUUCUGGGGGUCUUCUACACGAUUCCGAGGUGCGCCAAAGUUUACGAGUCGCUGUUCGAAGAAUACAGAGGUGGAUGUCCUUAAGCACAGGACCUCUUGAAAGGUCCAAGACGUUUCAGCGUGCAGUUCUACCUUCUGCAUGAAAAUACGAAAACAUUUGCAUUUAAGUCCCUUGCUUUGGGAAGUGUUUCUGAUAUGGAGAGAUGGGGACCAUUUCGUGGGCUCGCUUCCCCAGGUUUUUUGGUGCUGUGUUCCUGAGGACUUGACUCCCAAGAUGCUGAAAGUACAACUGUAUUCAGAAUUUGAUUCCGUUCAUUUUCUUUAGCUUUGAAUUUAUGGUGGACAGUAUUACUGUAGUCGCAACUGAAAUGAAAACUUUUUUCAUGUUUCCAAGCAUUUCCGUUAAUCUCCGUACACUAGUCCCCUUUCACAUUCUCUUCUUUCUUCUAAAUACCACGAAGAACAAAGCUGCGCCCACCAGGGAUGGCGGAAAUAUAUUACCUACUCACGAUGCAGAUGAAUAAGUUCCUUGAGAGGAUGGCAUCGUAUUUGGAUCUCGGUCCUGUUUUCAAAUGUGACUUUAUUUUCACAUUCAGACCCCAGACACAGGCGUGCGGACAAGUAGGUGGGUCCAGAGCUGCAGAGACUAAGAAAUGUGAUCUGCCAUCUUAAAAAUCUGUUUAAGGUUUUUAAUCCCAAACUUGCCUCAGUUACUACCAUCGGAGGGGAAAGAGAAGGGACCCUUUUGUAGACCCGGAAGGUCACGCUCCUGGGGAUGGCGGGUGCCGGGGCGGUCGAGGGUUGAGUGUGCCCACCUCUGCCUCAGCCACGUCCCACUGUCUGCUGUGACGGGCGGACCGGGUGCCAGGACUGCAUACACAUUUCUGUUAAACCUCUUGUCACCCGUGGGUUCUGUCACCGGUUUAGGCACCGGACGCGUGUCGUCCUUAAAAGCCAAGCGAGAUCUGGCACCACUGCGGUGCAGGCACAAUGAAGUAGCCGGCUGAGAGUGAGACCCCAGCUUCCUCCCAACUAGUUUCCACGCCUUCUUUAGAAAGUAACUGUUCGUGCCCACGUUGACGAGGCAGCUUAUUCUGUUUUGAGCUGCUUUCUGUGGGGAGAGCUGAUCCGUGGGGCUUAUCUUUGGGGAGGUCAGAACGUGUGAAUUUUUCCUCCCCGCCUGCUCAUUGGGGAAGGGGUGACGCAGGAAUAGGCUUGCUCUCCAGACUUUGCCUUCCGAUACGCCAUCGGUACCCAAACAUAGGGGAUUCUGGGAAAAACAGGACAGUGCUUCGAACACUCUAAAAGGUCCUAGGAAAUAGAUGGCAGUUAAAAACUGAACCAGCACACGAUCUAUGUUGUUUGAACUCUGAGACACUCAAAAAAGUUGAAUUUUUGAGCUUUUCUCUCAGCAGGAGAAGUGACGUAAGCUCGAAUUUUUUCAUGAACGCUUACAGGCCUCUGCUACUUAGUGAGUUUCUGUGGAUCAUGUCAAUACUUCACAAGCAUCCUGUGUGUUCGUUCUGUGCUAUUGAAGAGGUUCUGUCCUUCAGUGGCUUACGAUUCUACCCGUGUGGGAACGUGCGUGAGAUCUUGAGGCCGCCCAGCUCAGGAAGUUCUGCUGUGCUUUGUAGGACUGGGAGGAUGUGGACAGAGGUCACUGCGUUCAGACGGAGAAGAGCUUUGGGUGACGAGGAGAGUCGUAGCAUCAGGGCGAUUGUUUGACAAAGGUUACUUUGUAAAUUAUGCCGCCUGCUGCUUCUCCAUGUGCUUCCGGUGAUCUGAUCGGAGAAGAUAAAUGUGUGGGCACGUGAAAGUCUGCAUCUGUGGCUAAUGUGGUCUGUUUUAAUC